AUGGCGGAGAAGGAGCACGUCGUCUUCUUCCACCCUGACCUUGGCAUUGGCGGGGCGGAGCGGCUUGUCAUUGACGCUGCCGUUGGGCUGCAGAACCGCGGACACAAAGUCACCGUCUUCACUUCGUACUGCGACCCGAACCAUUGCUUCGACGAAGCGCGCGACGGCACCCUGGAUGUUCGUGUGCGCGGCAACACCAUCGUGCCGGCCACGUUCCUUGGCCGCUUCGCCAUCCUCUGCGCCAUCCUGCGCCAGGUGCAUCUUGUCCUGCAGAUUGCCCUGUUCUCUGACGAGCUCGCCAAGCUCUCGCCCACGUCCUUCUUUGUCGACCAACUCAGCGCUGGUAUUCCCCUUGUGCGCCUGCUACAGCCACGUUCGCGUGUCAUCUUCUACUGCCACUUCCCAGACAAGCUGCUCGCAAAGAAGGGCAGCCCGUUGAAGUCGCUGUACCGUCUGCCGUUCGACUGGCUGGAGAGCUGGAGCACCGGAUGUAGCGACACCAUUGUUGUCAACAGCAACUUCACCAGGGGUGUAUUUGCCGAGGUGUUUCCAGGCCUGGAGCACCGAAAGCCUGGUAUCAUCUAUCCGUGUGUCGACGUCAGCGAUGGCAGUCACCCGGACGAAUUUACACCGCUGUGGAAGGACAAGAAGGUGCUGCUCAGCAUCAAUCGGUUCGAGAAAAAAAAGGACGUGGCACUGGCCGUGAAGGCAUUUGCUGGAUUAUCGCGAUCGGAGCGCCGGGACGCACGACUCGUCAUAGCAGGAGGCUAUGAUCCACGAGUGCCAGAGAACGUUUCCACAUACACUGAGUUGUGCGAUCUGGCCGAUUCCUUACAUCUUAAGCAUGCAACGGCGAAGACUGUCACUACUGCGCAAGCCAUACCCGAAGACAUUUCAAUUCUCUUUCUUCAUUCGGUCCCAAAGGCGUUCAAGGCCACACUACUAUCGACUUCUCGUCUCCUCAUCUACACUCCGCGUAAUGAACACUUUGGUAUCGUGCCGCUGGAAGCUAUGCUUGCCGGUACUCCGGUUCUGGCUGCGAACGAAGGCGGGCCAACAGAAACGGUGGUUAACGGAAAAACUGGCUGGCUGAGGGACGUUAGCAGAGUCAACGAUUGGACCGAGGUCAUGCGCGUUGUGUUGGAAGACGGUGACGGCGAGCAAAAGAUGAAAGAGAUGGGCAGACGGGGUAGAGAGCGUGUCAUCGCCGAGUUCUCGAAGGAGAAAAUGGCUGAACGGCUUGAGAUCGAGAUAUAUGGUAUGUUGAAGAAGCAGGAACGACCAGCGUUGACAAAUUUUGUUCCACUGCUCAUGGUCACUGCUUUCAUAGGUAUGUUGGUAGCUGUGAGUGCCUGGUACAUACAACACAAAGAGGCUGUGUAG